AUGUCAAUCCGGAAACUAUCGACAGGCGUCUUCGCCUUGUCGACUCUGAUGCAACAUGUUGUUGCCGCUCCUUCAGGUCCAGUCAUCUCAUUCAAGUUCCCGGAAGUUGUGGAGGCAGGUGGCAUGCACAACAUCCAUGUCGACUACCACUCAUCUCAUGAUGGAGAAUUCUCAAUCGUCUACGGCGACUGUGGUAUCAAGUCCACGGAGGACGCUCACCACGUCCUCGGCAGCACACAUGUUGGAAACCAUGAUUUGGCAAAGCGACACCUGAACUGGCACGAACAGAGACCCACGCGUUUCGUCUGGCUCGCUCCUGAGGAUAUGUCUAGCAACGGCUGUCUUCAUGCUUUCUCUGGCGACGUAUUGCUGGGAAGAUCUGCACCUGUCAGUGUUGGUCGCAGGAACAACAAGAGACAUCUUGCUGCUUCGGAGGUCAUGGAUGCUAUGGGGCCAUGGUUCGAUGGUGUCGAAUAUCUCAAGGAGAAGGAGCCAGAGUCCGUCUUUGUUGCUCAAACCAAGAGCAAGUCUAUUGGUAUCCUUGGUGGUGGCAUGUCUGGUUUGAUGACAGCUCACAUCCUGGACUCUGUCGGUUUCCACGACUGGCAGAUCAUUGAGGCUUCGUCGCGCAUUGGAGGUCGUGUCCACACAUCUUAUCUUAAUGCUACCAAGUCCGAUCAGUAUCAGUACCAGGAGAUGGGUCCUAUGCGCUUCCCCGUCAGUCUCUCCAUGGACAACGAGACAAUUGAGAUCAACGAUCACAAGAUGGUCUUCCAGCUUGCGGACGAGCUCAACAAGCAGAACAAGUAUGAUCCUGCAUAUGAGGUCAAGUUCAUUCCUUGGAUUCAGAGUGCUGUCGCCGCUAACUCAGCUCUCGCCGUCAACACCACUGCCACAUACAGCAAUGCAACUGCUGUAGCCGAGGCCACAGAGGAGUUCGAGGACUGGCUAGGCAUGGAUACCGAAAAGACUCGUCUUUACGCCACCAACGUCUUCAAGGCGCACAAGCAAGCCGUUGCUGAGGGUUUCCUUGACUUCUCCGAGUCCGGCUAUAUUCGUUACAAGAUGGGUCAAGACAAUAAUAUCACCGACCAGAUCGAUUCAGUCGCCGACAACCUUCCAUCCUGGCCUUACGAGGAUGUUUACUUCGAGGCAACCCAAUGGCGUACCAUUGAUCAGGGUUUGAGUCGUCUGCCGGCUGCCUUCGGGCCCUCUGUGCUGAAUCGUACUCGCUUCCAGACUGCCGUCCAGGCUAUGACCUGGAACGAAACUUCGGAGAAGAUGUCUGUCCACUUCCGACCCGGCAACCCCUUCGACAUGGAGACCGAGUCCGUAGACUUCGACUACACCAUCGUCGCAGUACCGUUCUCCAAGGUCAGACUAUGGCGCCUUCCCGACUACUCUAGCCUUCUCAGCCGUGCCAUCAGCAGACUCAACUACUCGCCCGCCUGCAAGGUUGCACUUCACUACAAGACGCGCUUCUGGGAGCACCUCGACCGCCCUAUCAUUGGUGGCUGUGGCUCCGGUGGUGGUAUUGCUGGAAUCGGCAGUGUUUGUUACCCCUCUUACCAGAUCAACAGCACUGGUCCUGGUGUGAUCCUCGCAUCCUACCUCAGUGGUGACAUGGCCAAGUCCCUUGGUGCAAUGACGGAGGAAGAGCACGUUGCCUACGUCCAGCGCGCAAUGAUCGAAAUUCACGGUCCCAUUGCAGCUGAGCAGUACACUGGUGCUUACGACAGAAAGUGCUGGUUGAAUGACGAGUACCAGGCUGGUGCCUGGGCUUCGCCCACAGCUCUACAACAAGCGCUCUACCUCCCUGCGUAUUUCCAGACCGAGAAGCACACUGUUUUCGUGGGUGAACAUACUUCUUACACCCAUGCCUGGAUCUUUAGUGCUUUGGAGAGUGCUGUCAGAGGUACCACACAAUUGUUGUUGGAUAUGGGACUUGUGGAUGAGGCUAAACAGGUCACCGAGUUCUGGAUGGCUAGAUGGAUUAAUAUGUGA